AUGGCGUACAGGCAAACCACCACCAAGACGACCUUCGAAGUCAAAAAUGUCAUCCAGCCCAUUUUCACAGGAGGUUCUGUAGCCCUCGACAAUGGCGCUAGGAUCCUCGCGACCACCCUCGGCGAGCAGGCCGUCCUCACAGAGCUCAACACCGGCAAGCAGCUCGCCGAGAUCGAGGGCGAUGGAGAGCCCAUCUCGACCCUUACCAUCACCCCUUCGGCCUCCCACCUGAUUGUCUGCUCUCGUUCUCUUACUAUGCGCAUAUACUCCCUCAAGGUCUCACCAGAUUACGAUUCCAUCGAAGCCACCCUUGUACGCACCACGAAGCCCCACGCCACCCCCGUCGUUGUUCUCGCGGUCGAUCGAACUAGCACCCUUCUUGCCACUGGUGCUGCCGACGGCGCCAUCAAAAUCUGGGACAUUGUCGGAGGAUACGUUACCCAUACCGUUAGCGGCCCGAGUGUCCUUAUCUCUGCCCUCCAUUUCUUCGAGAUUGCCGCUCUCGAGGACCAAGCCAGCAACAAGAACAAGAAGAACAGGCGAAAGAGCACAGCCGAGGAGGAGCAAGCUCAGGAUGACAGCGUCGCUUCAAAGUUCCGUCUUGCCUACGGCACACAGGACGGCAAGAUCCGCAUCUUUGACCUUAGCAAACGCAAGACCUACCCCGUUUACGCCGACCCGACUUCGAGGAGAGAAGCGCACGAGUCCAACGUACAAAGCCUUGACUACUCGCCAGAACUACAUGCCCUUCUCAGCGGUAGCAGAGAUAAGACAAUGACAGUAUGGCUGUGGAAGGAGGGAGCAUGGAGGGGAACACCCAUGUUGCGCCAUGAGGGCGUUGAAGCUGUUGGCUUCCUCAACAACGGAAGCUUGAUGUAUUCGGCUGGAACAAGUGGCCUUCUUAGGCUAUGGGACACAACCACACACCAAGAAAUCACAGCAAAGCAAGACGCCAAGUCGGAAGCCGAGUCGAUAGUGUCAGCCCUUGCUCUUCCCCACAAGAACCUUGUUGUUUGCGCCCAGUCCGACUUCACCCUCGCCCUCUACCGCACACCUUCGGUCGCCGAUGCCACCAAGAAGUCGACGAAGCCUCUGGAACCCUUCAGGCGCAUUUCGGGAACACACGACGAAAUUCUCGACCUUGUCUACCUUUUGCCCGAUCAGUCUCUCAUGGCUCUUGCAACCAACUCCGAAGAUAUUAGACUUGUAUCUGUGGCGGAUAAGCAGCCCCAGCUGGGCGAUGAGGAGGAGGGCGCGGCAUACUUUGGUCAUGACGUAGCUCUGCUGAAGGGACACGAGGAUAUUGUCAUGUCUCUCGAUGUUGACUGGUCUGGCCACUGGGUUGCUAGUGGUGCCAAGGAUAACACAGCUCGCCUCUGGAGGGUCGACCCAGCCAACAACUCGUUCGAGUGCUAUGCAGUCUUCACCGGCCACAUCGAGUCCGUCGGCGCUGUCGCACUCCCCAAGACUGUACCUUCCGAAAACUCGGAGGCGUUCAAGAACCCCCUCGACCACCCGCCCGCAUUCCUCAUUUCCGGUUCCCAGGAUCGGUUCGUUCAGAAGCGUGACAUUCCCCGAACAUCACAAAAGGGAGCCGUCUCAACCAGUCUCCGUCGCUUAGCCCACGAGAAGGAUAUCAACGCUCUCGACAUCAGCCCCAACGGAAAGCUUUUUGCCUCGGCAUCACAAGACAAGACGGUCAAGAUCUGGGAUUCCGCAACAUUAGAAGUCGUGGGUAUCCUCAAGGGUCACCGCAGGGGUGUCUGGACUGUUCGGUUCGCGCCUCAGGGCAUGCCUGCCAUUCAAGGCGAGACCGGCACCGCUGUUUCCGGUAAGGGUGUAAUCUUGACCGGUUCUGGUGACAAGACCAUUAAGCUUUGGAACCUCUCGGACUACACCUGUCUGCGCACAUUCGAGGGCCACUCCCACAACGUCCUCAAGGUGGUUUGGCUGCGCCUUCCCAAGGCCGCUGACGACGGUGAAGACGAGGCUGCUGCUACCGCCUCCAAGGCCAAGCAGCGCAUCCAGUUUGCCUCUGCGGGCGCCGACUCCCUCGUCAAGGUCUGGGACGCCAACCUGGGUGAGACCGAGUGCACGCUCGAUAACCACGAAGACCGUCUCUGGACGCUCACGGUGCACCCCAAGACCAACAUGCUUGUGUCUGGUGGUUCCGACUCCCGCGUAACCUUCUGGAAGGACACUUCGGCCGAGACCCAUGCCGCCGCGUCCUCGGCCGCCCUCAAGCUUGUCGAGCAGGAGCAGCAGCUCGAGAACUACAUCCACGCCGGCGCCUACCGUGACGCUAUCAUUCUGGCGCUGCAGCUUAACCACCCCGGUCGUCUCCUGGGUAUCUUCACCAACGUGGUCACUACCAACGCCCCCGAAGAGGGCUCUCUCUGCGGUAUCAAGGCCGUCGAUCAGGUGCUUGGCAACCUCUCCGACGAGCAGAUUUUCCUGCUCCUGCUGAGGCUGCGCGACUGGAACACCAAUGCGCGCACGGCGCCCGUGGCGCAGCGCAUCCUCUGGGCACUCGUCCGACUCUACCCUGCCAACAAGUUCUCCAACCUGUCGGUCAAGGGCGCGAGGGGACAGAAGAGUCUGAAGGAGGUGCUCAACGCGUUGAGGGUGUAUACUGAGAGGCACUAUAAGCGCAUAGAAGAGCUGGUGGAUGAAAGUUACCUUGUUGAGUAUACUCUGCAGGAAAUGGACAGUCUGGCACCGCCUGCGAUUGAGGAGAGGGAUGGGGAUCUGGUUAUGGCUGAUGCAUAGAUUUUUGUCUUGUAAUUUUGGAAGCAUAACGAACGGCUGGGAAAAGUAGCAGUAAAUUUUUUCUGAUAUGGGAUGAAAUAAUGUGAUACCAAGUUUGAAACACAUACACGUAUAGAUC